AUGGAUGGUCGCUAUUCACCUAGAUUAUACGAAGUGAAAAAUCGGAAAGGGAGGAGAGAUAUACCCAAAAUGUUACCAAAUGGUAAUAUUUUGGGUGAUGGCAACUACAAGAUACAUCGCAUUUAUUUAACUCGUACGGCGACUUGCAUUGUCUCUCAUGUUUUAUCACCAAGUUGUAUUUGGGUGAAGCCUUUAAAUCACAUCACGAACCAAUUGCAAAUCCGAGAUCUAAAUACUUUAACACCAGCUACUUUGCUCACAAAAGAUCGCUAUGUAAUGGCGCCAGUAGAAGAAGGUGUUUACGGACGAGCACGGAUCCGCGAAUUUGACAAAGAAUGUAAAAUGGCUCGAGUACUAUUCAUCGACGAAGGAACCAGUGUUUGGAUGAGCAUAGCAUGCCUUGCUAAAAUGGGAGAAUGGUUUGCUUACCAUCCUUGGCAAGCCAUACCUGUUGCAUUAUUCAAGGUCAGACCGCUUGAGCCUUUGGUUCCUACUGGUUUUAAAGAGAAGUGGUCCAUUGCGGAUACAAUGGCAUUGCGAUCAAUUCUUAAACGAUUUCAGUUCGUUCGUGUAGAAGCUAUAUUAUCCACAAUCUUUAGCAAUGACUAUAGGGAUUUUGUGAAAGUUAAUAUGUUCGGUUUGGAAUCAGAAAGGGAUAAACUUGGUGCUUCAAUAACAGAAAUGUUUGUUCGUGCACGUUUUGGCCAUGUUCAUUUCGAUCGACUUUUAUUUGAUGCAAUCACGCAAAAUAUUUAUAAAUGCAUUAUCGAUAAAGAAUCACCUCCAGAAAAGGGAAUAUUACCUGCUUGGCAAUUACGCUUUCCCGAAAAAAUAGUGGUAUUUGGUGAUCUACAACUGAUGAAGUGGGAAGAAGUACGUGAAAACGACAUGAAGGUACAAGAAAUAAAUUUGGCUUGGUUAAUUGAGCAUAACUAUUCUUAUAAGGGCGAGUUCGUGAUGAGUAUUGAAGGAGGUGAAACAAUUUCACCAUAUGAAUUUUAUGGUCAUCCAUUAAAAUUUACAAGAAAUGAAAAGAAAUCUGAAAAAUAUGUAGGCCAAAGCACAGAUAAUUCUAUUGCGGAAGCAGAGACUGCAAUGAUCGAUUUAAAUGAGGAACUUAUGAUCUUUGAAAGUAAACUUAGUAUAUUCUAUAGUCAUGAAAAAAACCGAAAACGACUGACUCCUGCUCGAGUGUUUGAAUGCUUAAAAAAUUGUGUGCAUGUAUACGGCAUUGCGGAAGGACAAAAUAUUAAUAUUCCUUUCAAUGAAUGCUGGCAACGAGUUGAAGUCUUGGGCAUAAAAGAAGCUUAUUAUUCGGGAAGCUACUAUACUCGCGUUCGAUUUCUUGACCGUGGUGGUACUGCUGUGCGUUUGUUGUGUAAUGUUAUUCAAAUACAUCCAAUGCAUUGUGUGCUUCCACCUUUGUCUGUUCAAAUGUGUUUGUUCGGAUUAAAACCUGCCAAGAAUCCAGAUUGGUCAGAAGAGGCAAAAAAAUUUUUCAUAGAUGAGUUAAGAGAAGAUGUCCCUAUUUCAUUACAAAUUGUAGGUUGCAGCAAGAAGUAA